CUCAGCCUUAUGCCUUCCAUACAAGAGCACUAAAAUCCACGAAGAAUUGAAACGCCCCUAACACACCGCUUCCUUCCUCUAAUCGAACAGUUCGCAGCUUUAAGCGACUCAUUUGUUGUGUUCAAAUUUCAUUUGUCGACGGUGGCGAUCACCUCGGCUGCCAUUGGCCUCACGGUGAGGACCGGUGAAGGACCAGAAGCCAGUCUGACGGCCUGCACACGCAGCCAUGCGUAUCUUGCAGCCACCAGCCGAGCAAUAAAACUUAAAGACAGCCAAAACCAUGUCUGGAACGAUCCAUACCUUCCCUCCCACUGAUACCCACCAAAAUGCCACACUGCGCAACCUGCAGCGCCCACUUCCACGGCCCCGGCCACCACUGCGCCCUCCACGAAUCAGCCUUUCGCCGCUCACACAUCAAACAAUACCACAACUACAGCAGCGACUCUACGUAUCCUGGCGACACGCACUUCCGUACCAGCGCCGGCACAGUAGGGACUGUAGCCAGGCGGCGUCGACACCACCAUGACGGCUACAACGAUGCGUACGCCCUAGCGCUCUACAACACCAACAACAUCGAUGUACCGGCGAUGAACACCCCACUGGCACACACGCUCGCGCAAUCCUUCGCAACCCUGCAAGAUUCUCACGUGAUUGCGACUCUGACAUACUCCGUCACGCCCACCGGCACGCAAACACUCACCGCCGAAGCGAAUCUCGAGCGCGAACAAUGCCCAGUAUGCUAUACCUGGUUUCCCAACCACGAGAAACUAGAGUUUCACCAGUGGAAAAACCCUGUGGGUUGCGAGGCCCAUGGAAUCUGUAUGCGCAUGGAGGAUGCUUUGUGGCAUGGGACGAAGGAGCGGCAUGAGCGCUGCUUUGUACAAGGGUGUGGGAGUGUGUAUCGGCGGGAAGGGGGAUGGAGGGCGAGGGUCGUGGAGCGGCACGUCAGUAGGUCGCAUUACUAACAAUAGUGGUGAGCGAUGGGUGUGGGAUGGUUGGGAUGUUUAGCAGAUUGA